ACAAUAACAAAACAAACUGAUGAUUAAUCUUUGUGUUUGUUGUUGUGUUUCAGAUAAUUAUUCUUGCAAUAAUUUUUUUUCUUCGAUUAAUUAAUAAUGUGAAAUCCAAAUCGACGAUUAUAGAAAACGAUAGAACCAAAAAUUCAAUUCGUAAACCAAAAAUCAAGUCAAACGGAAAAAAAAUGUCAGCAGCAGCAAUACGUUCAACAUCGGCCAGAAGAUUUGCACCAACAACAUAUGAAAAUAUUUGUAAUCGUUGUGGUCAUCUUGUUUAUUCGGCUGAAAAAAUUGGCCCGUUAAAAGAUUUUACAUUCUAUCAUCAUGGUUGUUUUAAAUGUGUUGUGUGUGGAUCAAAAUUAACAUUAAAAACUUAUUAUAAUAAUCAACAGGAUCAAGAUGAUAAAGAGGUUUAUUGUCAAAGUCAUGUACCAAAAACUGGACCCGGUCAUUUAGACGGGCAAUCAGUUGGUAUCAAGGCGGCAUUGAAUGUACCGAAAAAAAAUCACCUGAUUAAUGAACAAAUACGUGUAUCCGGAUCGAAACCAGCACAAUUAGGUACAGAUGCUAUGCAAUUUAAACAAGCAAUGGGAAAUCAUCAUUAUCAUUCAGAUCAAUCACAAUCAACAAAUCGAUAUUCAGUCGGACAUUUUGAUGCAUCAGCAUUACAUAUUCAACAUGCUGUCAAUCAAACUAAAUUGAAUCGUUCGACUAAUAAUAAUAAUAGUAAUAGUAAUGGUCUACGUCAUAGUGUUCGUCCAGGUAUCGAAAGUCGUAUCAAUGAUUUUCUUGAUUCAGAAACGCAAAGAAAAUUAGAAAUGUUACACCGAGAAGAAGAAGAUUCCUUGUAUAGACAAUUUACAAAAAAACGAGCCGAAGAAGUAUCACAUAUAAAUGUUGAAAUUAAAGAAGAAUGGGAAAAAGAAUUGGAAAAAUUAACAUCAAAAUUUUUAGGUGAAAUGAAUGGUAGUAAGAAAAAAAGAAUAUCAACAGAUGAUGAAAAAGCAUUAACCAUUCGACAUCAAAAAGAAAAAGAAGAUUUGGAAAAAAAUAUGACCAUAAAAUUUGAUAGAAAAAAAGAAUCAUUAGCAAAAAAAUUAUUGGAACAAGAACGACAAGCAACAGCUGAAUUGGUUGAAAAACAAAGUAAAGAAAUGAUGAAUCUAAUUACAGCAAAAUUACAAGAAUUUUCUGUUAAUCCAAUCAAAAACAAAGAUAAAGAUAAUCGUCAUCGUAAUCGUUCAAAUGAUGAAUUAUCAUCCGCAAAUGAAGACCAGAAACAAUUACCACUGGCCGCAUCGGCGGCAAUGGAUCAAUCAACAUAUCCAUCACAGCCACCACCACCAACGAUAACAUCGAUUUCAAAAUUAGAUAUUUAUAAUGAUCCAAGUGUUUUCAACGAACUAGAUCAAGUUGCCAUCAAUGUUGCACGCGAAGAUCAAAAAACAUUUACCGAUUUGGUUCGACAAUUGACAGCAAAUUGUGUUACAGAUGUAGAAAAAUCGCGUGCAAUAUUUCGUUGGAUAACUGUAAAAAAUUUAAAUACAAUUAAAUUCGAUGAUAAUGUCAGGGCCGAUACACCAAUGGGAAUAUUACGUGGUAUUAAACAUGGUACUGAAAGUUAUCAUGUUCUAUUUAAACGUUUAUGCAGUUAUGUUGGUCUUCAUUGUGUGGUCAUAAAAGGUUAUUCAAAAAGUGCCGGUUAUCAACCGGGCGUACAUUUUGAAGAUAGUCGUUUUCGUAAUUCAUGGAAUGCUGUUUAUGUUGCUGGUGGUUGGCGUUUUGUUCAAUGUAAUUGGGGUGCAAGACAUUUAGUCAAUGCUAAAGAAGUGGGUGUUGUUUCAACAGCAGCAGCAGCAGCUCGUUCCAGUUCAUCUUCAUUAUCAUCAUCAUCAUCAUCAUCAUCGUCAUCAACCACAACAUCAACAUCAACAACAUCGAAUAAUAAAUGUACAACCGAUAGUUUACGUUAUGAAUAUGAUGAUCAUUAUUUUCUAACUGAUCCAAAAGAAUUUAUUUAUGAAUUUUUCCCACUGCAACCAGAAUGGCAAUUAUUACGUUGUCCAAUUAGUUUAAGAGAAUUUGAAGAAUUACCAUUUGUACGAUCAUUAUUUUUUCGUUAUGGUCUUUAUUUUGUUGAUGAAGAUAUACAGGCAAUAUUGAAAACAGAUAGUUCAGGUGCUGUUACCGUACGAAUUGGUAUGCCAAGCUAUAUGACACCAAGUUUAAUAUUUCAUUAUAAUUUAAAAUUAAUUGAAAAUUAUUCAACGGGUAUUCGUAAUGAUAAUGGUAUCGAUAUAUAUGAUGGUAUUGUAUUGAAACGUUUUGUUAUGCAAUCAGUUACUGGUAAUAUUGUUACAUUUCGUGUACAUGCACCAUGUCCUGGUUCAUUUAUAAUGGAUAUAUUUGCUAAUUCAACAACACCAAAAGAAUAUGUUACCGGUGAACCAAUGAAAUUUAAAAGUGUUUGUAAAUUUAAAAUUUUAUGUGAUGAACUUCGUACUGUAAUGGUACCAUUACCAGAUUGUGCAAGUGGUGAAUGGGGUCCAUUAAAAGCAACACGUUUAUUCGGUCUAGUACCAUUAACACAUGAAGAAGCAUUAAUAUUUUCAUCACGUGAUCUAGAAAUUCAAUUUCGUAUGUCAAGACCAUUAACUGAUUUUAUGGCAUCAUUACAUCGUAAUGGUACUGAUGAACGUAAAUUGGCACGUUUUAUUUCCGUAUUUAUUGAUGAUAAUGAUAAUUUAGUUUCAUUUCGUUUAACAUUUCCCGAUGAAGGACAAUAUGGUUUAGAUAUUUAUACACGUGAACAAUAUUCAAAUGAACAAAUUUAUCAAAAUAAUAUUGAUAAACAAUUAUUAACACAUUGUUGCAAAUACCUCAUUAAUGUAUCAUUUGCUGUUAAAGUUAAAUGAAACUUUAACCCUUUCUAACCUAAUUUUCCUAAUUUAUUUUCUAGUUAAAU